AUGGCAUCAGAGAGGACCUGGGAGGAGCCAGGCGAGGAGCGUGGUUCCCUCCCACUGGACAUCGAUGACGUCCAUGUGCUGCUCCAAGUGGAGCAGGAGCAGAUUCAGAAGAGAACCUUCACCAACUGGGUGAAUGCACAGCUAUCCAAGAGAAGGCCUCCUGUGGCUGUGCUGGAUUUAUUCAAUGAUUUCAGAGACGGUUCCAGAUUGCUGGACCUCCUGGAGGUGAUGUGCAGCCAAAGGCUGAGUCGAGAGAAAGGCAGAGGGGUGUUCCAGCACAGGAUGAACAUCGAGAGAGCCCUGGCCUUCCUCAGGGGGAAAUCAAUCAAACUGGUCAACAUAAAUGUUCCUGAUAUCAUGGAUGGCAAGCCCUCCAUCAUCCUAGGGCUGAUCUGGACCAUCAUCAUGCACUUCCAUAUCGAGGAGUUGGCGAGCACGCUGUCCUUCAGCUCUCGCCAGUCGUCUCUGGAGUCUCUGGCCAGUCUGGACACGCGGUCGACGAACAGCAGUGCACGCAGCAGCCCAGUUCCACCAGGAGGGUCACCGCUACACACACGCUUUAGGAUCUCCGCUAAAAAAGCCCUGCUGCUCUGGGUCAGAGAGCAGUGCCACAAAGCCGGCUGUACUCUGACUGUGAAGGACUUUAAGGUGAGCUGGAGGAGCGGCGUGGUGUUCUUGGCCAUCCUUUGUGCCCUGAGGCCGGAUGUAGUGAGCUUAUCCAAAGCCAGAACCAGAAGCAACAGACAGAACCUGGAGGAGGCGUUCCAUGUUGCUGAGAGAGAGUUACACAUACCCAGAUUACUGGAUCCAGCAGAUGUCGAUGUGAGAGAUCCAGAUGAGAAGUCCAUAAUGACGUACGUGGCCCAGUUCUUGCAAUACUCCAAAGACUUACCUGCUUCUGAAGAUGACAUGCAGGUUCAGUAUCUUUCUCCUACUGCGUCCAUCUCUCCUGUAAAUCUGCCCUGUGACUUCACGCCUGCUGUUGCAACCUCUCCACUCCGACAGACCUCGACUACUCAGAAAGUCCAGGAGGUGACGUGUUGGCUGGAGCAGGCGUACCAGGAGCUGCUGGAGGGAUGGGAGUGUACAGAGGAUGAGAGCUACGCCGAGAGAUACCAUGUGUUCCAGACUUUCGUGGUGUCCUUUAACGAGCAGCGCCGGCCCGUGAUGCCGCUGCUAACAGCCAUGAAGAGGACGGGGAAGCUAAGUGAGGAGCAGCGUGCUCUCCGACAUGCCUGGGAUUCCCUGGCUGAAAAGCUGCGUGAGUAUAAGACAGAGUUAGACCUGAGUUUGCCCUCUCCUCUGGACACUGUGGGCCGCUGGUUGCUGAGGGCCGAGGAGGCGCUGGUCGAUGGAAAUUAUGACCGUCAGGACCACACUCAAGCCGCUCAGGAGGCCCGGGAGAAACACGAGCUGUUUAAGUUAUGUCUAGAGGAAAUGCCUCGUCACGUGAAGACGUUCCAGAUAUUCCAGAAUACGAGUGAUUACGGAGAUAUGAUGGUGCCUUCUGACAAACUGGAGGAGAUAAAGAGAAGGUUCACUACUGUGCGUGUCAGCGCUAAGUAUCAUGGCAUUAGGCUCGAAUACCAGGAGCACAGACACACAGUGUUAGAUCUGCUGGCCCAACUUACUCUCAAGCUGCGCACCUGGAAAAGGGGUUAUAUUUCCCAGGAAACUGUGCGUGUCCUGAUGAAGGACUUUAAUGAGACCGUCAACAAGCAGGGACUGCCUUCUUUGCUGGAAGGAACUCUUUGCAAGCUGAGACACAUUGCUAACAAAUAUACCAGCAAGUCUGCUCUGGCGGGUGAUGCAAACCGUGUAAGUAAUCAGAUGAAGGAUUUGGAGGCCGAGACUGCAGCUAUGCUGGAAGAGGUGAAGAUGGUAAAAGGUACAAUAGCACGCACACUGACGGCUUGGGACUCCUACUGCGACACCUACAGCUCUCUGCAGGCCUGGCUGGAGCAGGGAACUCAGAGCAACAGACAUGGACAGCAAGCUGAAGUGACGGUAGAGAUGAUGUCUGAGUGGAGCUCUUACAGAGAGCGUCUGAACGAAGUCGGAAACUACCUAAUGGACGUCACUGAUCCACAGACCAGCCGCUCGAUUUCUGACGAUCUCUGCAGGAUUAACCUGAUGUGGGCCGAGUUUGUUAAAAGAACCCAGUUUGAGCUUGUUGAAGAGCAAAGUUUAAGUCCACCGAGUCCUCAGUCUCUGCAGGGUUUCAUUAGAGAAGCCAAGCAACUUCUAAAGGAACCAGUCGAAGUGCUGUCAGGAUCACUUAUAACGUACCGGAAGAGACUACAGUUUAUGAUAAGGAAAAUACAGGACGUUGAGCUGGAGUCUCUCUCUCCGUCACUUGAGUGCUCAGCUGAAACUCUAAACAAACUCAAGCAGGCCAUUCCAGAGGUGCUGCAGACGCUCUGUGAGGCCGUGCAAGUAUGUGAAGAGCUGCAGCAAAACGUGUCGAGCCUGGACGUCCGUCUGGCCGAACUUAUAAACUGGGAGGUUGAAAUCAGAGAGUAUUAUGAGCUUGUAAAUGAAAAAUCACGACACCAGAGGGGACAGGAUCCCAGGACCCGGUCCCUGAUUUCUAAAGGUCUGCAGCUAGAGGGUCAGGUGGUGAUGGAGGAGCAGGACCUGCAGGAGAUGGUGAUGUCACGUCAGAAAAACUCCCCUCUGCAGUACCUCAUUGCUUCUACCAUGCAGGACAGAGUUCGUGCCACUGUCGCACAAUCACAGGAGGCUCUUGGGAUGCUUAGCUCUUUGGGCUCUCGCAGGGACCGAAGCCCUACAGGACAUCAGCCUCCACAAAAAGUCUUCAUUCAGGAGCAAGAGGUUUCACCUGAAACGCCACCCCAGCCAGUGCCCGUGAUUGUUGUGCAGGAAUACCAAGAGGAAAAGGGUCAAACGCAAACGGUAACAAAAUCACAGUUAAUGAAAGAAGCAGUGGAGGACUUUCCAGGUCAGAAAAAAGCUGAAGCUGAUACCCCACUGCAGAAUCUUCCUGAAGUCAGGCCACACAGUGAACUGGUAGGUGCUGUGGCACUCGGGGAACCAAAGAGACGAAAAAGAGGUGAUGACAAAAAAUCCAUGGAAUCUCAGGAUACAGAACAAACACCAGAGCAAAUUCAGCAAGCGCCCACAAGGCAACAACCUUUGACUGUGCAACAAGAACCAACACAACUACAGAUGGAACUGGACACUCAGCAACAAACGCGAGGUCAGCAGCAGCAGGCGCGAAUACAGAAACAAGGUGAAAGCCAACAGCAAACCGUAUUCCAUCGGUCAAUGAAGAUAAGAAAAUCCCAGAAGCGUGCAGAGAAUAGGCCUUGGAUACAACAAAAGGCUCAAGCAGAGGUUUUGGCCCAAGAACAAAUGGGUGAAGUACCACCACAGCCCAAGGUUAUUACCACUGCUGUGUCUCCGUCCCCGGUAUCUAUCUCAGACCAGGUUCAGGCACAAACUAAAGUGACUAGGGUCCAGCAACAGCAGCCUGUCACUAUUACCACCAGUGUUAGAUCUCAAGCUCAGAUUUCUACAUCACAUGCAAACCAGACUCAAGCCAAGAUGAUUACACAGACACAUGCUGAAGUGACUCAAGGCCAGCAACAGCAUUCUGUGCUGCAAGUUAAUGAACCCCAACAACAUCAUCCUAUGACAGUAUUUGCUAGUGUUGCAUCCCAGCCUACAAUGGGACCUGUCCAGUCUGAGCCCAAGAGCGUUACCCAGACGCAAUUCCAAGUGACUCAAGUACAGCAACAGCAAUCUGCUGUGAAAGCUAAAAUGGGGCAAACCCAAUCAGUGACAGACCCCAAAAUGGAUCAAAUCCAACAGUCUGUAGCACAACCUAAAUUUGUUCAAACGCACCAACAGUCUCCUGUCUCCCAAAUUCUCUCUAAAGAGCAACGGCAUCCACAACCAUUCUCCGCCACCUCAUUAUUUCAGCCACCAACAAAGCAAUCAGAGAUGCGAUCGUCAGUCAUGACUCAGAUACAACAGCCAGUAAUGGCUCAGACUCAACCCCAAGCUUAUCAAUAUUUGCCAGGCAUGGGGGCAGAAAGUCAAAAUAUUAGACAACCCCCAACACCAAUUCAACAUCAACUAACAACUGAAAGGUUGCCACACCUAGGUGUACCCCAAUCUCCACCCCAUCAAGCAGUAUCUUCCAGUCAGUCUCAGGGUGUUACCAUGAUGACAGCCCAGCCCAAAAAUACGGCUCCUAUUCAACCUCGAAUAAUCAGCAUGCCUCAGAGUGAACCACAACUCUAUAAAUCACCUCAAUCCCCACCUCACGUCAUGGGCAUGAGUCAUACUCAUGACAACAUUCAGUUAAGACCACAACCCCACAUCCAGCCUCAACAUCAGUGGAGACAAAUCAUGCCUGACGGAGGGGUACAGAGUUAUCAUGAGGCCCCAAACCAGGGUUUCAUGGCGACUCAUAUUCCGACUCAUAUUUCGACUCAGGUACAAUUUCAGAGCCAGAGCCAUCCACAGUCGCAUGGUGUGACUCAAACUCAAGUCUGCCCUCAGCAAUGGGCACCAUUAAGAGGAGGGAUAGAGACACAGACUUACUCCAGUGUCCAGUCGCAGGGUCUCCCCAGUCCUCAGUCGCAGGGUCUCCCCAGUCCUCAGCCGCAGGGUCAGCCUGGGACCCAAUUUAGUUCCCAAUCACCAGGCCAACCUUAUUCACAAUUAAGCCAUCAAAGCCCAGCUCAAUCAGUGCUACCAUUACAGCACUGGCAGCCAGGUAGACAAUCCGACAUGGUCAGACAGAGUUACCCACAAAUUCAGAUGUCUGAAUACCCACAAGUCCAAUGGUCUAUGCAACCAGAGCCACAGUCCCAAGUACAGUUUAUGAAAAUCGUGCCUCAAACAAUGUCCCACACACCUUGGGCCCAACCACCAUCCCAAGCCCCAGUAAGACCUCAACGUCCUGCUUCACAGCAGCCACAAACUCAACAGUCGUGGCCACAAAACAGGCCUGAAGCUCCAUUUCAAGUUCAGUUUCAGAGCCAGUCACUGCAGUCAAAACCUCAGCUGCCAGGGAAGGCAAUUACUUCGGUACAAGUUUUACAAAAGCCACAGUCCCAAGUGCAAGAGGAACGCCAGCAGCACUUAGCUGCUCAGGUUAAACCUCCAGCUCAGGACCAGGCUCCUCCCCAGGCUUAUUCAGAGGCAGAGGCAUUGGCAAAAAACAAUUAUGAAGAUGCCAAGCGCUGCCUUCAAGAGCACAUUCUAGAGGCUAUCAGCAUAUUUAACGACAAGAAGGCAAUUCAGAAACAGGUGCUUUUUAAAAAAAUGUGUUUUGAAUCAUUUAAUCUUGAGCUCCUGAAGGAAUUCCUGAAAGCUAAACAAGGAAUGGAAGGUUUCUGCACCUCGUCUCAGCUCCAAGACCUGGAGCUCUUUACUCAGUCUGUCAGAACUGAGUGGGAGGCCUGCUUCUCUGCCUCAAGCAGUCUAGUUUCGGCUGAACAACAGCUGGAGGCCCUUAAGCAGCUGUGUGCGACAUUGAGUCCAGAAGAUGCCAACAGGCUGGCACAGGUUCAGCCCGGGGAAUCUGAGACGACACUCCCUGCCAUCCAGUGUCCGUCUAGUGAAGAUCAGGACAUGACACCAACAGGCUCUGGUGCGCCUGUAGAGCAGACAAUACAGACAUUUCAGCAGAAACCUGCUCUUCCACAGAAACCCGUGGAAAUCACUACAGAGAUUUUCCCUUUCUCAGCUCAACGGCCAAAAACUGUGGAGAAGAAAGCGAUACUGAAGCAGAUCAGCACAGAGGAGGACAGGUACAGAAGUUCCAGGUUUGAACUACAAGCUCAGCUGAAUAGGAACGAACAGAGCAUGCUGGGAGAUCGGCCUUCAGGGUCAGUCUCGGCCACAGACCUGCAAAAGAGGCUCCGAGAGCUGAAGGCUUUGCAGGACGAGACGGAGUGUUUGUGGUCGGAGUAUGAGACGCAGUGCUCACAGUGUUCUCAGGUCAAUGAGAGAGCGGUGGAGCAGGACCGAGCCGAGCUCACAGUCAAGUACAGAGAGCAGAGAGCGCAGCUGCAAAGGAGGGUUGAUUCUCUUGGCUCGGCUCUGGAGCUCAUGGAUUCCAUUGAGCAUCACAUUGCAGAGAUUUCAGAGCGCCUCGAAAAGUUCAUCAAAGAACCUAAGGAUGUUAAAGGAUACAAGCUGGUCAAUGCAAAUAUCCUAAAAGAUGUUAAGGACUUGGAUGAGAGCAUCCAAGCACCGAUGGACUGCAUCUCUCGAUUUGAUUCGGAACCGAGCCACCUGGACCUACGUGAUCGAUCCCCUCUCACCCAGCUGGUGCUGAAGCACAGAUCCAGCUUGGAUCGUCUCCGGCAGCAAGUGCGCAAAAUCGAGGCGGCAGCUCGUGCCUUGGACCGCUUCCUCGCAUCACUGCGCACUCUGGAUCAGGAUGUCUUGUUUGUACAGAGCGCCUCCUCUAACGACGUGACGGCGCUGCAAGACAGCAGGACCAGGCUGGCUCUGAUCAGGAAGGGCGCGGCAAGCCUGAGUGAUAAAGCGCCGCAGUUGGACCAUCUCCUCGGUGGAGCCCAGAUGGAGGUGACCCAAGAGGGAAGCUCCGUGACUUGUCUGGACAUGGUGGGGGUCCUGGUUCAGAAGGUCCACGACAUCGAUGACAAGCUCAUCAUCCGGCAGGACGAGCUUCAGAAAGAGCAGCAGAGCAAGGGACUCGGGAUGAGAAAGAAGACUCUGCUAGCAGAGCUGAGGAAGGUGCAGGGAACGGCAGAAAAGCAGGGACUCAGGGAGCCCACAAUGCCGGCCGUGCAACACAGGAUGCGUGCCUUGUCCGAUCUGGAGACGCAGAUGAAUUCGCUGCGUCCCGAGUACGAGAGUAUCAAAGGGACUGCCUUGAAGCUAUCUACAGACACGGAGCAGCGUGAUGAGGUGGAGGCUGUUUGGGAGGAGACGAAGAGAGCUGUUGCUGAAAGGCAAGAGCAGUGCAGCACUCUGAUGGAGCUUCUGAAAAAGUUUCAGAGCUGUCGUGCUUUUUUGGGCAGCAUCCUCCAGGGGGCGGAGCAAACCAUCAGCGAGCAGUCAUCAUACAUGAGUAAAGACAACCUUCAACGCCUCAUAGCCAGGGUGUGUGUGAUAAAGGAGGACCUGAAUGGCCUCGGACCUAAGAUCGAGGAGUUCAGGGUUGUGUGCAGGCAGCUGCAGUACCAACUAAAGAAACUCCCAGACUGCUCAGAGACUCCAUUUGAAGCCGAGGCAGAUGCUCUGGUCGACUCCUGGCUGGAUAUCUCAGAGAAGUCGGACGGCUAUGUGGACAGCCUGCGCGUGGGUUUGGAGGUGUGGGAAAAGCAGCUGAUGCUUGGUGGAGAUUUGGAGUUUUGGGCUGAUGCUAAACUCACUCUUUUUGCCGAGUCUCAUCCGUUUAGCAGCGAGAAAGAGGUCUUCGAAGUGAAGGAUGAGAUCCAGGUGCGGGAACAGAGCAUGGAACAGUUUCGCAGGAAGUUGCUGGAGAUCCAGGAGCUGCUGCAGAGCAAAGAGGCUCCACUGGAGCUACAGGUCAUGGAGUCUGCUUUGAAAAAGAAAAUGGAGCAAGUAAAGGAGCUUUUUGACAGCUGCACCGAAGUCUUCCAGGAGCUUCUGAAAGUCCGAGCUCACCUCCUUCAGAGGAUUGACGCCUCUCAAACAGCCAUCCAAAGGAUAUACUCGUCAGUGAGAAUGCUCUGUGCGGACAACAAAGAUUCCUUGCAGCAACAUCUACAGGAUCUUUCUGAUGAGUUGCUGGAUCAGGAGGAAGAGGUUGACUCUCUGAUGAAGGAAGUCGAGCUCAUGUCCAGUGUGACUACACCCCAGGCGCUAGAGGAACUGUCCAAUAAAACGAAGCGCCUUAAAGACAAGAUCGCAGUGACUCGGGAGCUGAUCAGUCAGAAGAAAGAGCAGGGAGAGAAAAGCGCUCUCGUCCAGGCAAUCAAAGAUGAAUGCCAGAUGUUUGAGGACUGGCUACAGGACGCACAGCUCGCAGUUAACGAGUGCUUUGAGAACCCGGAGACGAAGGCAGAUGUUCAGGCGUCCAUGCAGAGACUCCAGGAUUUCCUGACUUCUGACGAAGGUGAGCAACGACUUGCUCAGGUUAACAAGGCUUUAGAGAAGAAAGGUCAGGAGGAAGUCCCUGCUAAAACCCAGGCUGAACUCUGUGCCUGGCAGCAGGAGCAGGAGGGAGACCUGACCACACUCCGGGCUCACUGCCAGGGACGCCACAAACAGCUGGAGGACAUCCUGAUCAACCUCAGCAGCUUGCUAGCAGAGCACAACUAUUUCCAAGACUGGUUGCGGCAAAGAGAGAAGCUCCCAGAGCAAAGGGAAAACCUAAGACAAGUCCAUGAGGAGUUUCUUAAGGAGAGCGGACGCAUCGAGGCAUUCAGCGACUUGCUAGCUUCUGUACGAUUAAAAGGAUUAAGAGGAGACCCCUUGAUAAGAGACAGCGAAUACCUGGUGGACCAGUACCACAGUCUUGGAAUUCGUUUGGAGAAUCAAUCUCACAUCUAUAAAUCCUUGGAGAAGGAAAUAGAAAUGUUCCACGUUAAGGAGGAAAACACCAGGACAUGGGUUAGAGACUUAAAGCAGAGUCUGGAAAUAUUGAACAAAGACAGUCCAGCAGAGGAGAAGCUCCUGAAGAUUCAGUCUGUGUUGGACCUACACGCUGAAGGUGACUCCAAGAUGACAGCUUUGAAGAUGGAUGGUAAGAGCCUGUGCGCUCAUGAAGAGUUGGAGGAAAGCGCGCGGCAGGAACUUAGCUGGGCUGUGAGAAAUACAGACGACGAAUGGAGAAGAGUUCUGGAGUCGGCGUGGCAGCUUAAAGCUCAGGCUGAGCACCAACAGGUUCUACUGAAAGAACUAGAAGCUCUCCAAGAUGAGGAGAAGAAUACACUUUCAUGGGUGAAUGAACAAACAAGAAAGCUAAACUUCCUGGAUGAAGACACUCCAAUACAGGAAAGACAAAUCAAGCUGCAGGAGAUUCUGAGCCUGAAAUAUGAGGGCGACUCAAAAUUGAUAAGUCUGAGAAAAAAGGGAGAGAGCAUAUGUGCUCAAAAGGAGAGCAUCAGAGAGAGGUUUGAACAAAGCCAGAGAGAGCUGGAGGACGAGUGGGCAAGGGUUCUGCAAACUGCAUGUGAGAUGAAGAACCAGAUUGAGCAUGAAGAUUCUCUCUCUAAGGACCUACAGAGCUUACAAAAUCAGAUGGAAAGCACACAAGCCUGGAUUAGAAACCUCAAAGUGACCCUGCAGUCUGUGGACAAAGCCUCUCCGGCUGAGGAGAUAAUUACCCAGGCUCAGACCCUUUUGGUCCACGGUCCAGAGGGUGACUCCAAACUUGCAGCUCUUAAGCAUGCAGGUGAGUACGUGUGUACAAGUGAAGGGCUUAAAGACGACACAGUGCGGUCCAUCCGGCAAUCUCAGGCAGCCUUAGAGCAAGAGUGGAGAGAAGUGCUUGAUUUUGCAGGAGUUCUGAGGAACAAAGCAGAAAUCCAGGUGGCUCUCGAUAAGGAGCUUCAGGAUUUCAAUUCCCAAGAAGAAAUCUUUCGAAUCUGGGUCACAGAGCUGCAGGAGAGGGUUGAGUCUCUGGACAAGGACACCAAUCUGAAUAAGAUACUAGACAUAUCACAGUCCGUCCUGAACAUGCAGCCAGAGGCAGAGUUGAAGAUGUCUGCUCUGAAGGGGAAAGGAGAGAACCUGUGCACAAAGUUGGAUGAAACUAAGAAGGAGUUAAUCCACCAGGCGCUUAAGGGUGUUCAGGAGAAACUGAGGAUGUUGAUGGAAAUCGCUCAAGAGCACAGGAACCAGGCUGAAGUCCAGGAUUGUCUCUUCAAGCAGCUUCAGUCUUUCCAGUCAGAGGAAGAGAAGAUCAAGUCCUGGGUCGAAGGGUUGAAGCAAGAAUUGGUGUCACUGGGCAAAAGCACUCAUGGAACACAAGAGGAAAUAGAGGAAAGGCUCAACAAGGCACAAGCUGUUCUGAGCCUUCGACCCGAAGGAAACUGCAAGAUGUCUUCCCUAAAAAGAAGAGCAGAGAGUCUGUGUGGUCGGGAAGAUCUCGAUCAACAAACGAGACGCACCAUUGUGCAGAACCUAAAGUGCGUAGAGGAUGAAUGGAAAGGAGUUCUUCAGAGCGCUCAUGAGCUACACAGCUUGUGGAGGAGUGUGGUGGAGCGCCUGGUCUCGUGUCAGUGCCAAAGACAGCAGACCCAGUCUCGCGUGGAGCAGCUGAAGCAGCAGACGGCAGCGCUGCCUCGUCACUUCCCCUGGCCCGGGUUCGGGGACCGCAGGCAUGCAGUGGAGCAGGCCAUGGCUCUUCUGGACAAGGCUAGGUCUCUAACCCCGACCCUGUCCGCUCUCAGAGCCCUGGGCCGAGAGAUGAGCCGGCUCACACGUGACCCUAGCUGGACCGAUCCGUCUUGGGCAGCCAUGGAGGUGUGCGUCCCCGGGUUAAUCAAAGAACUAAUGGAGUUGUGUGAGAGUCUUGAAGAAGGAAUUCGCACAGAAAGAAACUGCGUCCAGCUGCUGGAGCAGCACGUUGCUGCGCAGGACUGGCUGAGAGAGCAAGUCAGAGGUUUUGGGGACCUGCCCAGUGAUCGCCAUGGGUUACAGGAAUCUAUAAACACUUUAAAGGCUCUUCUUCAGACAGUGGAGAGAGAGCAGAGAGACAUGAGAGACCUAGACGCGGCUAAAGACGCCCUGAUCGGCUUGUGCACUCCAGGUGGCCGUGAUGCGCUGGAGUUAGAAACCGGCCAACUCCAUGAGCUUUGCGCCUCAUCUGAGAUGGAAAUAAAGAAGAGGCUUGGGGUGUGCGAGACUAAAUUGGCUGACAUCGAAUUGAAGAUAGCUGGAAGAGCAGAGAGUCUAAGAGCGCAGGCUGAGAGCAUUCUGAAUGAUCUCAGAGAACAGGAAUGCCUAGGUUUUGUAGAAGGAAAUAGGAAUAUUAACCAGCUACUGGAAAACUGGAAUAUUUUAAAGACCUGUGAGAAGAAGCUCGAGCCGAUCGAGGGCAGGGUUCGGGAUCUGGGCCAGGCGGUCCACAUGGUUCCCCCUGAUGAGGCUCUUCCGUUUAAUGUCAUUUCUCUUAUAGAAACAGUGACGCAGGAGUACUGCAGAUUGCAGUCCAAGCUAUCUGAAAGACAAAACGACUGCGCCGAUAGUGCUGUGCAUUGUAUGAGAGAGAUGCUGCAGGCCCUGCGUUUCUGGACCCAGUCAACACACACACAACCUGUUUCGGACUCGGCUUGCUCCGUUCAGGCCAUGAUAGACGAAGGUGCAGUACUUCAUAAGAACCUGCAGGAGGCAGUGUCUCAUAAGCAGCUUCUCAGUAACUGUCUGGGUCAAGAACUCACAGAGAAGCUGGAGAGGGAUGCAUCGAACACGUUAAAGGACGCAGAUACAUUGAUUAAUCAACUUCGCCAGACGCUGCAGGAUCUUAAGGAGGAAAGGAUGAAAAAUUCAUUGUCCCUGGAAACACAACCCGGUCAUUUGGUUUCAGAGGUUUCCUGUGAAUGGUCCAGAAUGCUGGAUGCUACAACAAAGGUUCAGCUUGAUUGGUCAGUGCCUCAAGAUAUUUCUUCUACUCCAGUUGCUAGUGCUACAAGUUCAGGCAUUGAGCCUUUAGAAAUUAUGCAUAGAGACGCUGCCAUGCCAGUUAUUGAAGGAACCACAGAAAAGAAAGAACAGCCAAUGGAAACAUUAGUGCAUGAUGUUUUUCUGCUGAAUAAUCAGUCAGAUGACGUGCUGACUACAGCACACGAACAAAAAUCAGGAGGUGAUGAGGCUUCCAGGACGACUAACAAAGAAUUAUUGCCAGAAUCUCCCACUACAGAACCACAGCUGGUGACUGCAGUAGAUGAGGACAGAGAUGAAUUUAAAACCGAUCAUCUGCCAACCACAUCAUCAACUAUAACCUCUAAACUAGAAGAACACAUUGAAGUCGCAGAAUCUAAAAGUCUGAAAACUAUUCGUGCUGAUUUUCAUGUUUUAGAAACAACAAAAUCUGAAGAGUUCAAGAAAAACCUGAGCACGGCUGUCUCUUCAAUUAUGGACAGAGAUCUCACUAACGAAAUUUCAGAAGAGAUAGAGUUUCCCACAGCAGACUGGUCACUGUCGGCGCUACAGUUUGACCAAAAUGAACUUACGCCUGAUGUUUUGUCUACCACAGCUUUGGCUGUGCAGCCUGAUAUAGUACCAGAAGUUGAUGAAUCUGCUAUUGGUCCAGCAAAAGAUGAAGAAAAAGUUGUGAUGGAGAUGAAGGGCAGGGAAAAGAUGCAAGUUACUUUGUUUCAAGAAGUCCAUGAGACAUAUGUUCAAGGAAAAUCCAUGGAAUCAGUUGACAAAAAUACAAUAUUUGCUCAGGUGCGAGAAACUGAUGCAGCUGAACAAGCACAUAGGACAGAGUCACGUACGUCUGAUACCUGUGUACUUACAAGCGACGAUGAGGACAUGCCAAAAAAGAAAGUAGCUGCACUCAUUCUCGAUACAGACAGGGUACAUAUUCAUACUGCUGAGGUCUCUGACUCAGCUAACGAUAGUGAAAGGAGAAUUGAUUCGAUUUCAGACACUGGCUCGUAUAUCCCUUUGUCUCAACAAGUGGAAAAGUUGGAUACAUUAGAUGAAACGAGAGACAAAUUUGACAGUCAUGCCUCACUAUAUCAACAAAAAGUGCAAAAUAAAUGUUAUCUUGUUGAUUCCACUGGAUUAAGUCAACCCCCUGAUGAAAACAUUGAUAGAACUCUAGUAUUUUCUGAGCUAAUAACAGAAACUCAGAUCUUAACCAGGAACAGUGAACCAAAUACCUCACAUGUUGAGAGAGAAGGAACCUGGACAGCAAACAAUGGUCCACAGGAGGUCCAGAGAGCGAUGGAAUCCUUUGAACAGUGGACUGCGAAUAAUGGCCCUCGAGAGAUCCAACGCAGGUACACCAUCCUUGAAAGACGAGAGGAACUGGAGAUGCAUCAAGAGCCAGCUGGUGAGACAAGCGUGCCCGCACCGGAUGCUGCCACAUGUGAACCUGACAAUGUAGUAACAGAGAUUUCUGAAAUUAAAGUUACAGAAGACAUUCAACAGGAAGUUGGUAAUGAGUCAGUUAAAACAGGAGAAAGUGGGAGCGUAGCACUGAUUGCUAAACAGUCUGAGAUAUUAGAGACCCUAGGGGCAUUACUAGUUCCACCAGUUAGAAGUAAACCAGAAAGGUUAUCAUUUACCACUGAAGACAAGCUAGUGAAAGAGGUGGAUCAGGUGACUAUGGAGGUUGAGAACACAAAAGCAGAGACAACAGUGAAAAGUGAGAUGAAACCAACCCCACCAAUCAGACGAUCUAAGGACUGUGAAAGAUUUUCAGUCAGUUCAGACAUCCAUUCUGAAGAAGCAAAUCUUCCUCUACCAACCAGUCAACAACCCAAACAUGAUGAAUUCCAGUUGCCACCUGCAGAGGUUCUUCCAACUCCACCAAGCAGAAGACAUAAGGACAAGUUAGGAAAUGAAAGACUUUCACUGUAUCACAGUGAUCAGCAAACCCCAGUGGAAAAAAGACCAGAAGAAAAGGCAGAGACUCGAGAAUUUGAACAGGAGAAGACUCCACCGGUAAGGAGAAAAGUAAUUCAGGCUGAAAAUAACAGCAUCUCAGUGGUUUCAAAAACCCCCGAAAUGGAGGACACACUGAUGAAACCCACGCCUCCAACAAGAAAGAGAGAUAGCAGAAACCUGACAGAUUCAUUAUCCGACAGCAGUGAUUUGGACAAAACAAGGACAAAAGAGAUGGCUGUUAAGGAGUCUACAGAAAAACCAACUUCACCAGUGAGGCGGAAAGCAAGCCCAGAUCAAAGUGCCUUCAUCACUCCACAGUUCUCCAAACCUCAUCUAAUGGAAGAUAUACUGGUAAAACCCACACCUCCAACAAGGAGGAAAGAUAGCAGAAGUGAAAGAGACACCCUACCUAAAGAACUGGAGAAGACAGUGAUGCAAGGAAUAGCUUUUGAGGAGAUUCUGGAAAAACCAACUCCACCAGUAAGAAGAAAAGGAAGUCAGAUCAGUCUCAUCCAGGAAAUAGAGGACACACUGGUGAAACCCACACCUCCAACAAGAAGGAGAGGAAGUAAAAAUUUUGGUGAUAGGGCUUAUGUGGAAAUGGUUAGAAGAAUUUCCAAUAGCACCGAUUUGGAGAAGGCGUUGACUCUCGAAGAGGCUCUUAUUAAACCGACUCCACCAGUGAGAAGAAAAGUGUCAGGACAAACUGAAGACGACACUCUUUCAUUGCUUUCCAAAAUACAAGAAGUUGGGGAGAAUGUAGUUAAGCCUACACCCCCAACAAGAAGAAGAGGUAGCAGAAAUGUGAGUGACACUGAUUUAGAUAAGAUCCUGACACGGGAGAAAGCUCUUGUCGACCUGCUUCUAAAACCAACCCCACCAGUAAGACGAAAAGCAGGCAAAGCCGAAAGUGAUGGUAUUUUGUUUGGUACUGACGUCCAAGAAAUAGAGGAGACGUUGGUGAAACCUACACCACCAAUAAGAAGGAGAAGUAGUGCUAACUUGACGGACAGAUUUUCUGGCAGCUGUGAUUUGGAGAAUUCUGCUUUGGUGAAACCAGAAACAGCUGUUGAAGAGUCUUUUGUAAAACCAACUCCACCAGUGAGACGAAAAGCACAUCGAGCUGAAAGUUAUAGUUCUGUUGUUGAUGAAAUCAAAGAAGUGGAGGAGGAGACUUUAGUGAAACCCACGCCUCCAACUAGAAGGAGGGAGAGCAGAAACGUGUCUGACAUGGGAGCUGUCAAAAUUCCCAGUAAUAUUGAUUUAAAGAACUCAGUGACACAGGAGAAACUUUUUGACGAGUCCCUUAUUAAACCGACUCCACCACAGAGACGAAAAACAAGCACAGCUGAAAGUGUCCAUUCCGUGGUUUCCACAACACAAGAAAUGGAGGAAACUUCGGUGAAACCUACACCGCCAUCAGGAAGAAGAGAUAGCGAAAAUGUAAGUGACGCGGUGGCUGACAAAAUUUCCAGCAGCAGCAGCAACGGCAUGGAAACAGUUCCAGAAGCCACUCCACCAGUGAAGCAAAAACCAAUCGAAAUUGAAAGUGAUGCUCCUUUGGUGGUUUUUAAACCCCAGGAAAUCGAUGAGACAUUGGUGAAACCCACACCUCCAGCUAGGAGAAGAGAUAGCGAAAAUGUCAGUGACACAGUUGCCUGCAAAACAUCUGAUAGCACUGAUUUGAAGAACUUUGUGACACCAGACCAUGCUGCUAAAGAGGCUUUUGUUAAUACAGCUCUAGCAGAGGAACCCUUAGUGAAACCCACACCUCCAACAUGUAGCAAAAAUGUGGAUGAAAUAGUGCUUAAACAAAUAGAGGGUGAAAUAUCAUGCAGCACCGAUUCAGACAAGACUGCAAAAACACAAGAGGGUGCUCAUGAGGAUGUUCUGGUAAAACCGACUCUUCUAAGUCCUCCAGUGGAACAAGAAGCAAGCCACGCUGAAAGUGAUCUUUCCAUCAUUGAUAAAACUCAAGAAAUAGAUGAGAUGAUGGCAAGACCCACAAUUCCAACAAAAAAAAGAGAUAGCAGAGAUGUGGCAGAAGACGUACCUAAACUAAAAGAGAGCAAAAUUUCUUCCAGCACGGAUUUAGACAAGACUGACAUGAAACAAGAGAGUGCUAAUGAGGGACAUCUUGUAAAACCAUCACCUUCAGUGGGUCAAGAAGCAAAAAGCCAAGCUAAAUGUGACAUUUCCAUCAUUGAUAAAACUCAAGAAACACAGGAGAUGAUUGUAAAACUCACAACUCCAACAAAAAGAAGAGAUAGCAGAAAUGUGGUUGAAGAUGUACCUAAACAAAUGGAGAGCGAAGUUUCAAGCAGCACUGAUUUAAACAAGACAGGGACAACAGAGGGUGCUGAUGAAGAGAGUCUUUUAAAACCAACUCUAAGUACGGGACAAGAAGCUGGCCAAGCACUUUCCACCACGGAUAAAACUCAGGAAACAGAAGAGACAAUGGUAAAACCCACAACUCCAACAAACAGGAGAGAUAGCAGAAAUGUGGCAGAUGAUGUACAUAAACAAAUGGAGAGCGAAAUUUCUAGCAGCACUGAUUUGGACAGGACUGUUGCACAAGAGAGUGCUGAUAAGGAGCGUCUUAUAAAACCGACUCCUCUAGUGAAACAAGUAGCAAGCCAAGCUGAAAGUGACAUUUCCAUCAUUGCUAAAAUUCAAGAGAUAGAGGAGAUAAUGAUAAGACCCACAUCUCCAUCAAAAAGUAGACAUAGCAGAAAUGUGGAUAAAGCUUUACCUGAACAAAUGGAGAGCGAAAUCUCAAGCAGCACUGAUUUGGACAAGAUGGACAAGACACAAGAGGGUGCUGAUGAGGAGGGUCUUAUAAAACUGAGUCCAGUAGAACAGGAAGCAAGCCAAGCACAAGGUGACAUUUCUUUAGUCGUUUGCAAAACCCAGGACCCAGAGAAAACACUGGAGAAACCCACCCCUCCAUCAAGUGCAGGUGGAAAAAUGAAGAGCGAUACAGUUUCUGAAGUUUCCCAAUCUGAUGUACAGGAGGCUGUGACUAAAGUAGAGCAUAAAUCUAUCCAAUUAUCUUCAGUUCAUACAGAACCUGUAGCUGAAACAAAAACAACCAAACCAACAGGCCUUGAUAAGGAUUCAACUACAACUGAUCUCAAUAGGAUUCUGGUUGCCGUAGAAGAGCCACCAAUCCAACCAAUCCCACCAACCGGCAACAUAGAAAGCACUAAGAGUGAUGAGAUCCUAGCAAUCACUAAACAAGAAGAAGAUAAGCUUGAGAAAGAGCUCAGCUCUGGUUUGGGAACAGAUUCUACAGAGGGCCUGACCGAGAUUGAAAGCAUCAGUUUGGUUGAGGCACAAAUGCAAGAUGGAGACAAAUCAGAAAUUCCUAAUCAGGGAUUGUUAGUUGCCAGAAGUAUUGACGUGUCAGAGGCAUUAAAAGAAGUUGAAGAAGAGGAAGAGGAACCACUUGGUGCUACCAUGAAUAAUAUUUUCGCUGAGAUUGAAAAGAUGUCUAAGACAAGACCAAAUAGCCUACUAAUUGAGAGCAGGCCUUAUGAAUAUCCUCUGGACGUUCUCAACACCUCUGAUGCUGAUCUUGAGGCCCAGCUGAACAGGUUGGUGUUCUGCAUCAUGAUGUGCCGUAACUGCCCUGCGGUACUCAACCCUACUGACAUGGCCAAACAAGUAGAAGAGGCCGAGUCUUGCAGGCAGAGUGCUCAGAAGCAAGUUUCCCUAAUCUCAAAGCAAGAUCACGUUAACGGUGACGCUAGCGUGCUUGUCGUUGGCUCAGCCAGCGACCCUGAGGCUAUGCAGCGACUGAGCUGCCAGUGGACAGAGGCAUUGUGGGAUGCAUCUGGCACUGUAAACACCAAGGAGGCGCAAUUGCAGCUAGUGAUUGACUAUGACAGACAAAUGCAAAAAGCCAGAGCUACUCUAGAGAAUCUGGCAGGUGAACUAAAGUCCUUGAAAAUGUGUCCAGUUGAAAGCAGCUUUGUUGAGGAGCAGAGACUGCGCUCCUUUCUAAGGACUAUGGAACAGGAGAGGACGGUUCUUGGAGAACUGAUCCAGACACAUUCUCAGCUCUCACCCCACCUCAGCCAACCUGAGAGAGCAGCAGCACAGUCGCAGCAGGGCUCCUUGCAGUUCGAAUGGCAGGCGCUAGAGAGAUCCGCUGAGAAAACCUUGCAUGAUAUCUGCGCUUACACCAAAGAGAGUUUUGACCUUCUAGAGGAUAUCAAUAUCUUAAAAGAUCAUAUUGAGAAGUUUCAUAAGAUCUUGGAUUUACCUUGGAGUUCUGCUGAUCGCAGCAGCAAGAGAGCGCAAGCGAUGAUCGAACUCCGAGCUGAGCUUACGGCCGCCAGACAGAGAUAUUCCGAUCUCCAUCAACGCUUUGAAGCUCUCUCCCAAAGAUGUUAUUUCGACACCGAGCUGUGUAACAUAAAGCAGGGCUUAUGGUGUGUCAAAGAUCACAUGGAUCUGAUUAGCGAGGAGUUGGCUACGUCGAUUCCGAUCAGCAGCAGCACGUCCAUGGUCAAAAUCGUCAAAGUGGUAACAGAAGCUCUAGUUUGGGCCAAGAAGACGGAGUAUGAAAUUGAGACUAGGCAAAGAAAGGUUUCUCUGCUCCCAGAAGAAGUUCAUCGGCAAAUCAAGGACUUGAAGAAGCUGCACUCUGAGAUGACCUCCAAGCAGACCCAGUUAACCACUCUGACCGAAGAGGUGACCCAGUUAAUCCCAGAUCUUGACGAACCCGAUGUUCCUGUGGUGAAUUCCUUUUUGGAGCUGUUGGCAAGUUUGUCCAAAUCGACGGCAGAAAAACUAGCCGCGGCUAUGGAAGAAAUACAGCUCUGUCUCCAAACACGGGAAAAGAUUUCAGAGCAGAUAGCAGAUGUGGAUUCCUGGAUUCUCUGCCACCUCCAUAAGGAAUCUCUGAGUCGAGAGGACUUUCAAAGUUUGAGCGCCGCAGAUCUGGAUCAAAGGUUACGCCAGAGUCGGGAGACACUCCGUGAGGCGGAAAAACACUCCGGGAUUGCGGAGGCAUUGCUGAUGAACAGUAAAGACAUUACCUCUGAGCUUAGCAUUUCUGAGAACGCAUGGCUGUAUGACAAACUCAGCAAGCUUCAGGAUGACAUAAAGGGCAUCAUGAAUUACGAGAAGUCCUCCAUCCUCGAGAUUACAGAUAUAUUACAGAGCCAAAAGUUGUCAGAACAGAAAAUGGCGUCUUUAGAUCAGAAACUGAGAAAAAUAACGAUAGAUAUGAAAGGACACACAUUUCCCAUCACUAAGGACUCUCUGUCUGCCAUCGAGCCUUUCAAACGCAUGCUUGUAGAGCACAAGUUUGAGGUCGAACAAAUAAACACUUCUGCAGAAGGCAGGAGUAGAGAGUUGCUGUGUGUGAUCUCUGACCUCCAUCACAAAAUGAAGGCUUUUUGUUUUAAAUCUCAGAUCCACGAAAGGUUCCUCGGCCUCAAGCAGCGCGUUGAGGAUCUCCGGGAAAACGUAGAGCUGUACGUCCCAAAGACGAAAGAUGAAAGCGUUGGCAAAGAGGAACGCUAUAAGAUCUGCCAGUCUCUCCUUACCCAGAUUCCGCUAAUCAAACUCAUGUACGAUGAGGCAUCGGAUGAGCUUAAAAACAUCUCUGCAGACCUUUAUCCAUCUCAGUUAACUUCUGAACAAGACAGGCUCAGACAAAACCUUGACAGUCUAAUCACUUUGGAGAUGGCUAUCCAGAAUAACCUUCAGAUUGUGGAACAGGACGUUCUGAAAGAAAUAAACUAUCUGUCAGAGCAAAGGGUGGUACGUGGUUUUCUCAAAGAGGUUACUCAGGUGCUGGAUAAGCCUUAUGAGGUGGAGUGCGACCAGGGAGCUGUCGAGGACGAGCUCAGAAAGUUUCUCAAACUUAAGAGAAACGUUGAAGCUAGAAUGCGAGUUCUGAAGGUUUUGGAAAUCAAAAACAGACACGAGCGAGGGACUCGAUAUGUUAGAGAAAUUGCAGAUUUGUCCGAAAGAGUCUUAAACAACUGCGACCAAAGACUGGUGAACCUGUCCAAAGCAAAAGAGUCAUUGAAAAACUAUUCUAGAGGAGUCCGAAGUGUCAAUCAGUUCCUCCAGAGGACUGAAUCCGUCCUCCUCCCGUCUCUGUGCUCACCGAGGAGCUGUUCAGAAAGGCUAAAGGAUGUCCAACAGGCCCUGUCAACUUCAGACAAAGACUUCGAAGCCCAUCUGUCCCAGAUUCAGACUCUUGCUCCCUUCAGUCCCUUAUUUUCAGGACAGAAGGUUGAACAGUUGCAACUUCAGGUUCUAGGCUGCCUUUUGGUUCGAAUGUCUGCUCUUAAAGCCCAGGCUCAGCUGAGACUAGAAGCUUUAGAGAGGUGCGUGAACCACCAAAGAAGCACACGUGCGUGCUACGAAGAGCUGUGCAGACGUGUCCGUGACUCUGAAACGACCCUAGCGGAGUGCGCCUCUAAAAAAAUCACGUCUCAGAUGGAAAGCCGUGACCUACAAGAGAAACUUAAAACUCUGGUCACAGAGGUCAACACCCUGCCGGGCAAACUGGAUGAGCUGAAAGAAUGGUGUCCAGUGCAGGGUUGCCGUAGCAACAGGGACGAUGCUGUGAACUCCCUGUGGGGUCAGGUGGCCAGACUGCGACAAUGCGCCAGCGAUCUACUCACACACUCUGACUGGAUGGGAGAGGAAUGGAUACGCAUCGGAAAGAGUAUGGAGAAAGCCUCAUCAGUCCUGGAGCAGAUGGAGGCCGAGCUGCCAGAGAGCAUCAGAGAGAAGGCAGCGUCUGAGGAGCUUCAGGAGCUGCUGCAGUUCUGGUCGCCAUACCAGGACAGACUGGACUGCGAGCACCGAGCUCUGUCUGCACUGGAACUGCGAGUCGCUAGGCUACUGAGAGUCCCCUCUCACUUAGAACAAGCCCCGCCUAUUCCACUGUGUCAGGAGCUCCAGACCAUGCAAGAGCGUUAUCGCAGUCUAAAGUCCCGGAGCGCUCAGGGUCGUAAGGCGGUGCAGGCCGAGAUGGAGGAGAGGGUGAAGGUGUGUAAGGAGCUGCAGGGGAUUCGGGAUUGGCUCGUAGCUGCAGGGACUGUGCUGUCACAGCUGGAGAAUUCCCCCAACACAGAACGGCUGCAGGAGCUUCACUCAGAGCUGUGUACCCAGAAGGCCGUGCUGCAGCGCAUCAUGGAGGGCCUGAGGAUAAAAUAUACAGACAUGUACAGUCUGGUGCCCGUGGAGAUCGACGGCCCACUACAGGAAGUCUCUCACUCACUACAGGAAGUUGGAAAACAGGUGGAGGUCGCCGUGCAGAAGAGCGGCCCGUUACACAGGCUGGAUGCUAAACUCUCAGAGAUCAACACCGGCCUGGAUGCCGUACAGAGCAGACUGAAGACAAAGUCUCCAAACGUCGUCGAAGCCGAGAGCACACAGAAGCAUGUGUGGGACGAGUUGGACGGCUUACACUCGCGUCUCGCAGCCGUUGAGGUGGAGCUUCAGGACCUGAGUGAGGAGAACCCGGAGGAGGUGCAGGCCCUCACGGAGAAACUGUCCCAGAGCCAGCGACUACACACACACCUGUCCAAACAAGCCGAGGACAGAACGGCCUUUCUCAACAAGAUCCGUGGUUGGCUGCAGGACCAUGAGGAGAUGGUGAAAGGCUCUCAGAGCUGGAUUACUGAAUCUCAGUCGUGGCUGACGGCACCGUACACCUACACUACAGCCAAAUGUCUGGACAGCCACAUGAACUCUCUGCAGAUAGUUCUAGACGACUCGGAGCAGAUCCGGCGGACUUUGCGGGGAUUCGAGGGCGUGCUGAAGGAGAUGGCGAGUGUGUGUGAUGUGAGCAAGCUUCAGCAGGAGCUGUAUGAAGCAGAGCGCCGCGUAGCGGACAUGCAGAAAAGUCUCCUGGAGAUUCUAACAGCAUUAGAGAACGCUUCAGCAGAGGUGGACGCCAUGGAGGCUGAGCUGAAGAUCAUGGAGAAGGACGUGACUGAGCUCAGAUCAGCGCUCACCUCAAAGCAAGGCAUCAGCCAGGACAAAUUCAGGGUUGCUGUAAACAGGAUUGAGCUGAUGAAGAGGACAGUAGACGAACUGAAGAGCUGUAAAACCGGACUGAGUUUACCAGAAGGAGCAGAAAACACACUGGCUGUGUUCAGCAAUGCUGACUCGCUAAUGAUUAAACUGUUGGAGCUAGAGCAGCUGUCACUGGAGCACACUGUCGUGGUGUCAGAGCCGUGUGAAGCGUCCUCCACACUCCGUGUCCCUCCCACCAUCACGGAGGAAGAACCUCAGGACAUUGUUUUGGAGCAGGGCCAGGUGCAGAUCGUACGGAUGACGGAGGACGUGUUGACGCGAUCUGGAGCCGUGCUGAUGACUGUAAAGGAAGCGACGCCCGAGCAGAGACUCGAAUCAUCAGCUCACACACAGCAGCUAGUGCAUGAGGAGGAGGAGGAGGAAAUAUUCGUGGACGUGAGAGAAGACACUGAUGAUGAUUGGUUUGAAGAUGCAAGAGAAGAACAUGAGGGGAUGAGAGGGUCUCCAGGCGCUGCAGGCUUUGAGAAUGUGAUGAGUUUUAACUCAGAGGAGGCAGAGAGCGGAGGAACGGCGGCGGCUGCUGCUGCUGAGUCGCCCGAGAGGGACAGGAAGGAAACGGACCCAGAGGUAGAUGAAGGCAGGAGUGACCCCUCGGGGCCGCACGAUCCUCAAGCCGCGUCUAAACCAGCGGCCGACGCGAGAACACAACCUCCCCCCACAGAGCCGGAGCGCGGUGCGUGGAAGGGGAAGCAAAUCGAGUCAGAGAGGCUGAAGACACACAACAGCAGCACACUGUCCAUGUUUAGAGAGGUCACACACACUCGGGUAGAGACCGUGGACUCUCAGGGAGGCGUAACACUUCGCCGGGUCACUGACAGUUCAGCCCAGGAGGGGGCGUUAAUCCAAGACGAGAUAACGCCUCCGGUUGUAAACAGAGUUAUAAAGUCAGAUCAGGCGCCACACACACCGGUCCUUACCGUCCCGACAUUUACACUCCGUCGUGAGAGGACAGCGGACAGCCUGGCUGCAGGUGAACCCUUGCACUUGGGUGAAACUCCGCCCCCGGACGUAUCUCUCCGUUCCUGGAAUGAACGAGCCUCACAGAUGGAGCUCUGGCUGGAAAAGGCCCGGCUGAGUCUGUGCCGAGACGAGCAGCGGAGCGUACAGGAGCAGCUGCACACCUGCCAGGAGAUGUUUAUGGAGAUCGAGCAGAAGGUGGCCGGACUGUCUGCACCGGGUCAUGAUGAAGAGGAGCAGAACGCGCUCAGUGCCAAACUGCAGCUCCUGAAGGACAAACUGGUGACGUUUCAGCUCCUGCUGCAGGAGAAACACAGCGAGGAGAAGGUGUGUGCAGAGAGAGAGCGCCCCCUGCAGACUCGGCUACAGCGCAGCACCAGCGUGCAAGAGAUGCUGAGCACGAGCAGGGCCAAACUUUUUAGACAGAGCAGCCUGCAGCAGCAGAAGGAGUUAGAGCAGGGUCUAAUUGAGCAGAAAGAUCUGACGAAGGCCAUUGCAGCAAGGGGAAGCAGAAUUAGACUGCAAAGUCAAACUGUAGAGGAACACACAAGGCUCGGUGUAUCUGCAGCAGCGGGGCCAGGGGAGGAGCAGAGACAGGAAGAGGCGGGGUCAGUGCACAGGAAGUGGACACACCUCCACACAAGACUUAACCAGAGAGCAGAAGAGCAGCAAGAAGACGAGAUAUCUCCUCCACCUGUGUGUGUAUGGAUCAGUGCUGAUGGAGCUGCAUGUCUUCAGGAGCUCCAGUCCCACAUCACAUACCUGCGAGAGCUGAGACACACAGCAACAUCAGCAUCUGACAUGCAGGUGGUUGAUGAGGGUUUGUUCGAGGUGCUGAGUGGAGUCACACUCACUCUCUCCUCUCUCUCUCACACACUCGUCUCUCGGCGAGGAGCCGAACACGCCGACACACACGCACAGCUUCUGCAGCUACAGAGUCUCUCUGCAGAGCUCGUCUCUCUGAGUGCCGAGUUGACCUCUCAGGGGUCAGAGGUCAUGAGCUUGUUAGGCUCCGUGACCUCUGCACCUGGCGUGUGCGUGGAUCUGCUGCAGGAGCGUGUGUGUGAGCUCCAGAGCGCUCUCUCUGAGAAAGAAAUGCGGCUGCAGAAACAACUGGAUCAGACUGUCGAGAAACAGAACAGGAUUAAACACAUGCAUGCUGCCCUGCUCGCUAACACCUCGACCCUGAAAACCCUGACUAAUGGCGACUCGCGCUCUGACCCAGACGCACAGACUCAGGCCGUCGCCGUGUUACAGCAGGAGCUUAAGGAGCGAGAGAGAGAGCUGUCCGAGCUGAGAGACGAGACAGAGGGACAGGGACGAGUGACAGGGGUCACUGUGGACAUCACUAAGUUAGAGAGUGUGUUCGACAGUGUGUACGGCGGUGUGUGUCAGCGUGCUGCUGAUGUGCAGUGCAGUGUGGAGCAGCAGCAGCAGUGUGAGUGUGUACUGAAGGGCCUGCAGGACCUGCUGGAGUUCGGCAAACAGAGACUCUCACACACCACCACACACCCGGAGCCACAGACCACACGCGAGCUACACACACUCCUCAGCACACACACGAAAUUCUUCCUGUCUCUAAACUCCCGCCUGCGAGCUCUGCAGCACCUGACUGCCCGGCUGCCCGAUGGCGCCCUCUGUAGGUGGAACAUUGCAGUGGCAGAGCUGGAGGAUCAGGUGGAUGAGCUUCAGCGUCAGGCUCGGGAGAACGGCGCCGCCCUGCAGGUGACACUACAGGUGUGGACUCGGUGGGAGGAGAAAAAAUCCUGGUUGGAGAAACUACUUCAAGAGCUGGAGCAUCAGCUUCCCAGCAUGCAGUGGGCGGAGCCAACAGAGGAGGCGCUACAGAGCAGUCUCUCGAGCUAUAAAACGCUGCAGGAGACCCUGGAGGUGAAUAGUGCACAGAUCGGUCUGGUUUUUGAUCAGGCCAGCAGACUGGGGAAAGUGGGAGUGUCUGGUCGCAUGAUGGACGGUCUUGUGUGCAGAGUGGGCGUGGCUACUCUGGGGCUAAAACAGCGUUUAGUCGCCCUGCGACGGAAAAUAGAAACCGGACGAGAGUCUGCACAGCACCUGAUAAAACUCUGGAGGAGGUAUCAGCGUGACUCCACAGCGAUGACGGAGUGGAUGAACCAAGCCAGAGAGCGCCUGAACAGCUGGAAUGGUCACAUGACCUCUUCAGGACGAGCCCUCCCCAACUUCAAUGAGUUUAUAGAGCUGUGUAAAGAGCUGGAGGUGAAAUCGUCGCUCAAGGCUGCGGUGAUCAGCGCCGGCACUGACAUCCUGCAGAUCAGCGAGAGAGAAGACGCGAACACACACUCGUUAUCAGCUGAUCAUAACUCACAGUCCGGAGAGAGCGCCACCUCUGGAGACGGUCACCGCGCUGGGGAUGAAAAAGAAGAUUCCUCAAAAGACAAAGCUCUUACUCCUGACAGCGUGUGUAACGAAGGGGACGCUGGAAGUGGAAGUGUCUCGAUGAAGAUGUCAGAAGAUGCCAGGACCAGCAGCGGCAGCACAGAUGCAGUCCAGGUUAUGACGCUGUCUCCUGUUCUGCUGUCUCUGAAAGACCACCUGACUGAGGUGGAGCACUGCUGGGCGGAGCUAAACAAUGAGGUCGCUGCAGUGCAACAGGAGCUACAUCAGCGUGUGGUGAAGAGUGUGGCCCCUCAGUCCCUGCUCUUGGGUGUGUGUGAAUGGAUCAGUGGAGCUGAAGGACACUUGCAGGAUGCAGAGAAACACACACAGUCUUUAAACACAACAUCAAACCUCACACGCCAACUCAGCACAUACAAGGAGCUGAGACGAGCCCAGGUGUGUGUGCAGAUGUCAGUGAACUUCCUGAACCAGACGCUGGUGAAACACACCGAGCCGAACCUCAGAAACAAACACACAGCUUUCGCUGAGCAACUCGGUGAGAUGAACCUGCGCUGGACUACACUGCAAACACACCUUUACACACAGACGCAGUGUCUCGAGCAGCAGCUGAGCGUCUGCGCGGACCGGCGCGGCAAACUGCGCCUCCUGAGCGCCUGGGUCAAAGGUCGCGAGGCAUGGAUGCGACUGGCCGAGCGGCCCGUCAGUCACGAUGCGGCGGAAAAGCAUCUGAAACAGUGUGAGGAGUUGGAGGAGGAGCUCAAGGCCAAGUCUGCCAAGCUGAAUGAGAUGAGGAAGAGGAUGCUGAGCAACGAUGAUGAAGAACACACAGACGCAGGCUUCAUCAGUCACAUUAACUCCGUCUCACAGACACUAACUGCUUUAACCGAAAAGACCGGCGUUCUGAACCAAGCGCUGCAGCGUACAUGUGAGGCGUGGUCUGCGUUCGAAAGUGGGUGGAGCCAAGUGACACAGCGCACUCGGAGAAUUUGUCAGUCCCUUGAACAUUGCCACGCCCCUCACACCUCCUUCACAGCGCUCCAGAAGAGCCUCGAUGAGCUUCAGUCUUUGCAAUCCGAAGCUGAGGAAGCCGAUAAAACCUGGGAGGGAUUUGACCUCACGUCCUCCAGUCUGAUCAGUUCGAUCCACGCAGACGCCUCACAGUUAAUUUCUGAAGAGCUGGAGCAGGAAAGAUUACGGUGGUCUAAGGCGAAACAAGAUCUCACACACACCUCAGCGAGGUUACACUCUCUGCUCCAGGUGUGGAAAGCCUUCUCAGAUCUGUCGUCUUCCUGCUCAGAGAGGAUACAUCAGGCGCAGGAGCGACUCCGUGACGUCUCGAAGACGGCGUCUGAGCACAAGAACGAGACGGAAAGACUCGCAGCCUGUAUACAGCGUUUACACGGGUUGCUGCAGGACACACACUCUCUCCAGAGCGACUUGGACCGAACGCUCGAGGCUUCAAAAGAGCUGAUCGGACAGACGGAGCCGCCGGCCGCCGCCUUCAUCCAGUCAGAGUGUCGGAUUCUGACGCGCCGAGUCCAUCAGCACGAGCAGGCCGUGGGGAGGACGCUGGGAGAGAUGCAGGAGAACAUGAAGCAGCUUGAGGAGUUCGAGCAGCUGCUAGAGUCACUAGAGACGUAUUUAAUGGAGUGGACGAGCUGCCAAGAAGACACACACACUCAAGACACAGGGAUAUCAAAGUGCGGUCUGUUGGAGUUGAGCCGUCGCUCGGCUGACGUGGCGAUGCUGAAUGAGCUGAGUUACAGACUGACCUUGAGUGACCCCGUGACCCGCAGACUGCAGAGUCUGAACAGGAAGUGGACUCAGGCGUCCACACACGCUCAGGAGAGGUGCAGCGAGCUGCAGGCCGUGUCUCUCCAGCAGCAGGCGUUUGAGGACAGAUGUGGGACGUGGAUGUCGUUCCUGCAGAGGAUGGAGGACAGUCUAGCAGGAGAGAUCGCAUCCACUUACCCUGCGCUCAGAGAGCAGCUACGCACACACCAGGGGUUUCAGGCUCAGCUUUCACUCGGCCAUCAGAUUCUACACUCGGUGAUCACUGAGGCUCUGCACCUGCUACAGAGGGGGGAGGUGGAGGACAGGAGUGAUUUCCUGUUGAAGCUGGCUCAGCUCAGAGAGCACUGGCAGGGCGCUGUACAGAGAGCGGCUCAGCGGCGCACCCUGGUGGACGGGCUGAUACGCCACUGGCACCUCUACACACACACACUGCGCAGACUCAACACACUGCUCACUCUAGCGCACACACUCCUGUCUCCGGCCGGAGUCACACACUGCAGCGUGGUACAGCUCCGCCACUCGCUCACACAGCUCAAGCACAUGGAGCUUCUCUUCCAGAGGUCUCUCUCCUCCUACCUGCUCCUGUUGGACGUGGGACGUCAGCUGUUCUCCGUUAGUGAUGAGGAAACACAGACGAGGUUGCAGACGGACCUCGCCGCCCUGCAGGACGACUGGGAGCGCUCGCAGUGCACGCUGGCGAAGAGGAGGAGUCUCACGGAUGAUGUCAUCAAGACCUGGGAGAGUUGUACGAGCCGGCUAGCCGACCUGGCUCAGCGUCUGGAGAAGCUCAAGAUCAGACUGAAAGAGGAGGCGGCCGCGGAGAUAAAGGAGGAGUUGAUUAAGGAGCUGCAGGACUCUCUGGACGACUGGGCUGUGAGUCUGUGUGAAGCGAGCAGCAUGAAGACGGACGUGUCUCAGUACAUCAUCACGGAGGACGUCCUGAUGCUGCAGGAGCAAGAGGAGCAUCUGCACAGCCAGUGGGAGGAACUGUGCUUUAAGGUGUCCUUGCGUAAACAGGAGAUUGCUGACCGGCUGAAUGCGUGGAUCAUCUUUAACGAGAAGAACCGGGAGCUGUGUGAGUGGCUGACGCAGAUGGAGAAGGAGAUGUCGCACAGCGGCGAGCUCAGUGUCGAGGAGAUGGUGGAGAAGCUGAAGAAGGACUGCAUGGAGGAGAUCAACCUGUUCAGUGAGAACAAGACUCACCUGAAGCAGCUGGGAGAGCAGCUCAUCACCGCCAGCAACAAGACCAAGGAGAGCGAGAUCAACGACAAGAUCAAGGGCAUCAACGAGCGCUGGCAGCACCUGUUCAACCACAUCGAGGCCAGGGUGAGGAAGCUGAAGGAGACCCUGGUGAUGGUGCAGCAGCUCGAUAAGAACAUGAGCAACCUUCGCACGUGGCUCUCGCGAAUCGAGGGCGAGCUGACCAAACCCAUCGUGUUCGGCGCGUGUCACAACGAUGAAAUCCAGUGCAAACUCGCCGAGCAGCAGGAGCUUCAGAAGGACAUCGAGCAGCACACGGAGGGCGUGGCGACGGUGCUCACGCUAUGUGACAUGUUACUGCACGACGCCGACGCCUGCAGCAGCGACAUCGAAAACGACUCCAUCCAGCAGACCACACACAGCCUGGACCGCCGCUGGAGGAACAUCUGUGCCUUGUCCAUGGAGAGGAGGAUGAGGAUUGAGGAGACAUGGCGUCUCUGGUGUAAGUUCCUGGACGAUUACUCGCGGUUCGACGACUGGCUGAGCAUGGCAGAGCACAUGGCGGCGAACCCGGCCAGCGCAGACGUCCUCUACACGUGUGCCAAGGAGGAACUCAAAAAGUUCGAGGUGUUCCAGCGGCAGGUCCACGAGCGCCUGACGCAGCUGGAGCUGGUGAAUAAACAGUACCGCCGCCUGGCCCGCGAGAACCGCACCGACACAGCGUGCAAACUCAAGACGAUGGUGAACGAAGGGAACCGGCGCUGGGACGAGCUGCACAGGAGGGUCGUCAUCGUCAUCCGCAGGCUCAAGCACUUUACGUCUCAGAGGGAGGAGUUUGAGGGGACGAGGGACGCCGUGUUGGUGUGGCUCACCGAGAUGGACCUGCAGCUCACUAAUGUCGAGCAUUUCUCCGAAAGCGACGUCUACGACAAGAUGAGACAACUGAAGGUGUUCCAGCAGGAGAUCAUGCUUAACACCAACAAGAUCGAUUCCCUGAUCGUGUUCGGGGAGAAGCUGAUCCAGAAGAGCUCCCCGCUGGACGCCGUGCUGAUCGAGGACGAGCUGGAGGAGCUGCACUCUUACUGCCAGGAGGUGUUCAGCCGAGUCGCGCGCUUCCACCAUCGCCUCGUCAACUCGAGACCGGUCGUGGACGACGAGUGUGAUUUCUCAGACAGAGACCCGGAACUGGACGACUCAUUAGAGCUGGCCGCCGUCUGGGAGAGAGAUGGGGACGUGGAGGACGCGGCGUGUCUCCUCCUCGAGCCGUCGGGCCGAGAGACGCCGGUCAGCGUGGAUUCCAUCCCGCUCGAGUGGGACCACACAGUGGAUGUGGGCGGGUCUUCGUCGCCCGAGGACGAAGACGAGGUCACAUACUACAGCGCGCUCUCGGACGUUCAGGUCACUGAGAGCUCCGAGUCCUUUAUUAAAGCUACAGCUCAAGCUCUAAAUGCUGCAUCUGUGACGGAGCCAAGCUGGCAAGACAGAAAACACAUCGUCCACAGUGUGACCACGACUCCUACAAGGAUCAGCGCUUCUUACCAUCCUGAGGGAUAUGCGAAGCUGAUGUCGGAAUGCACCGAGAGCAUCGACGACGUGAAGCGAGUCAAACACAUCCUGACCGACGAUGAGCUGCUCGAUGGCCAGGGUCUAACCUUACCGCCGUCUGCAGACAAACAGACAGGUGUGAUCGAGAGGUGGGAGCUCCUCCAGGCUCGAACGCAGGCUAGCAGUGAGGAUCAGCCCAAGUUAACCUCUGACCUUAGGAAGGUCACGACCUGGCUGGAUGGCGUGCUUCCUGAACUGGAGAGGCUGCAGAGAACGAGGGAGCGCCCGAGCCUUCGAGACAUGGAGCUCAGCAUCCGCAAGCUUAAGGAGAUCCACAGGACGUUUGGAAGCUACAAAGCUCAGAUGAUUGGCGUGAACCUGAGUGGGCGGUGUCUCCUGCGAGGUGAAGGUGAAGAGGUGCAGGAACUGAAGGCGGAGCUUCAGGCAGCCAAUCAGAAGUGGAAAGAGGCCUGCGCUUCUCUUGACAUGUGGGAGAACCAGCUGCACCUUGAGCUCCUGCAGUGUCAGGAGUUCCACGAGACGCUGCACUCCUUACUGCUGUGGUUGGCUCGAGCUGAAAGUCAGCGCUACAUGGUAAACAUUCAUGACCUCAAUGUGGACGUCGGUGUCCUGCAGGAGCACAGAGAUACACUCGAGGCGGUGCAGCGUGAGCUCCUGGGUCGGGAGGAGGAGGUGCAGGCACUGCAGCAGAUCUCCUCCCACAUCCUACAUGUGGAGCAGGGUCAGGAGAGCAUGGAGGCCAAGGAGAAGGUGCACGUCGUCAACAACAAGCUCCGCCUCCUUCUCAGACAGAUCAGCCAUGACCUCAGCACGCUGAAGACCAGACUGAAGAGUGAAGGCUCGUCAGUGGAUGGCGAUCGCGAGAGAGACGUAGCGCUAACAGACGAGUCCAGAGCUGUCGAGAGUGGACCUUCAACAAGUGAAAAGGGUGUUUCCAGAGGCAGGCCGUUUCUUUACCGGGUUCUGCGAGCUGCGUUCCCCUUACACCUGCUCUUCCUGCUGCUGCUCGUCCUGGCGUGUCUGGUGCCGGCGUCCGAGGAUGACUACAGCUGUGCCCUGUCCAACAACUUCGCCCGCUCCUUCUACCCCAUGCUGCGCUACAUCAACGGCCCUCCGCCGACGUGAACCGCUGACAGUGUGAUGUUUAACCUGUCUACACGAUUCAUAGUGAAUUUGUGACCAUCAGUGUACAAAUAAACAUUAAAGGUAUAAUUUAAGAAAAGAAAAAAAAUCCUAUUUUUGAAAGAAAACAUCAAAAACAACCUAUACAUCACUAUUAUGAAAAUUAAGUAUUUCAGAUUCACACGUAAUACCAGUCUCUCCUUGUGCCACAGAAAACUCAAAGAUGUAUCUUUUCACAUAAAAGUAUUUUUUAAAUACUGUAAAAACAUUGCAUGAAGUAUUAAUGUUUUAACUUUGAUCUGCUGAAGAUGAUGAGGCUACAAGAACACAUUUGGAUAUACAGUAGAAACCAAGAAAAUUAAAUAGUAAAAAAAGGCUGUACACAAACCAUACGUGAGGGUCGUCGUUAACCUCAAACGCUCUGCUUGUUAUAUGUAGUUAUUUAACAAUAAUUAAACUAUUUAUUUUAUUUCCCCCAGACUGACUGAAUGGCACCUAACGAAAGCCAUAGUACAGAUGCACUGAGAUUAAGCGUGUACAGUAUUGAUUAUGUUGAUGUAUAGUUUAAAGUCAGUUUGUACUUCUUGACAAAUAAAGCUGUUUGCCUGUAAUGUGUUGAAAAGGUGUUUUUUAUUAUUAUUGUUUAACAGCCUGAUGAGAGCGUUAAAGUACACCACUGAAGACUACAGUGAUUUCACAACACGAUAAAUUACGCCUUACACAGGUUAUCUGCGCAUUAACACAUUUCUCACCUU